AUGAAAGGUAAGAAUAAAAAAGAAUCAGGAUAUUUUAGAGGCAGGUGGAUGAGGGUCUACAUGCUGAAGAAAGAAAGAUUGAGGGUAUUUUUUUUUUCCAGUUUGUGUAAAAUUUAGUCUCAAAACUAUUUGAUUAAACAUUUGGAGCUAAAGCUGAGUUUGUUUGGGUAAAUUUGUAUUAUAUUGAAGCUUAUGUCCAAGUAAAAAUUACAAAGCAGACAUAAAAUGCUCAAAUUGAUUUGCCUCAAAAAAACAAAAGCACUACUUUGUCUUAUUUUCAUUGAAAUGUUGUCCUCAUUUUCCCCCUGCAGCUGUUGUCUUGCUGUGUUUGCUGCAUGCACUCUUUGCUGUGACUGGUGGACGGUUUAAUUGGAGUACGCUCAGUGGCUCAAACCAACAGAGUGGAGUCCAGGACGAAAGCGGUUCGUGUUUUAUUUGAACCUUUAAUAGUCUGAUGAUUUUCUGCAGUCUCAUGAGUAAAUCUACAUAUGUGCGUGUCCACAGGGUGUGAUUUCCAGCCGGAGAUCUGUGGCUGCUGUAUGAUGAGGAGGCAGAUGGCAAGGAUGGAGUCAUUCAUGAACCAUGCUGUAGAGGAACUCAAGGAGGAGCUUUCAUACCCACAGAGAGACCUCAGGGAUAAGAAAAGUGAGGGAUGAAUCUGACCCACACAAACUCUGCAGGAACCACAUUAGGAUAGAAACUUCAUGACUGUCUUUGUUUUCUUUUCCAGCCCUCCGCAGUGUCUUCUCUGUCGCUCUGAACAACGAGGAACAAUUAACUUGCCUCGGCCCUUUUCGCGACAGCAGGAUCAUCCUCUACGAACAUGUCCACAUCAACUUGGGAGGCAGCUUUGACGUGACAACUGGGGUCUUCACUGCACCCUUUCCUGGGGUCUACAGCUUCUCCGUAACCGUCUAUGGUAACCCACCACCUGAGGGUGGCUUAAUGACCUGUGCCAGCCUGAUGAUAAACGGCCAUGUGAUGACCUCGCUGCCAGAGAAAACCAGCCAGGACAGAGAAGACAGCUCUACAGUGGUGAUCACCAUAUUUUUGGAGGGGGGAGACGAGGUGUUUGUCAUUCUGCCUGAAGAAUGUGUCGUCUGCGAUGAUGAGAGACACAUGAACAGCUUCACCGGUUACCUGAUUUACACUAGGCCUGCUGAAAUAGUCUGA